CUGCGGAACCGGCUUUCACCAAAGCACCUCAUCGCUUUAAUGCUCGCUCAUCACACUUUCCUCUCUCAGUCCAUCCGCAUCCAUCGGUAGAAAGCGGUCGCAUUUCCUUCCACGCGCUACUCGAGAGAGAAAUCUGGAUUAAGAUUAGAUACUAACCUAUUUUAGAUCAUGAGGCCCCUGCUCUCCGUAGUAGUGGCGUUGGCGAUGCUUUGGUCAGAAAAAGCAUGGGCUGCCCCUCAACCUCUAAGCUUUAAUUCCUCUACUAGAAAUCCUGAAUCUGAACUUACUAAGUUAUCUUCAACGGAAGAAACACGUGUUGACAGCAUUUCUGAUCUCGCGUCAAAAGUAUCUUCUACAGUCUCGGAUGAACCGACAACAUUUUCAUCAAUAAGUUCAGGACUCACCGAAAAUUCUGUUACACUAACUUCUGAUAAAAAGGAAGCUACAGUUGAAAACAAAUCCGGCACUCUUCCACUUAAACACGAAGUAGAAGUGACAACUGUUAUAGAAAGUAAGACUGAUGAUAAGUUAUCCACUGAGAGUGAAGUUUCCGUACCUAAUGAACCGCAGAGCUCUACUAUUGUGAUUAUAGAUUCGAAGAAUAUUAACAGCAUUAGCUCUACAGAACCCAGUACUUCUUUGGACAUAAGCGAAGGAACUGAAGACAGUGAUGUAGAAGUAAUGACAAUUUCAAAGUAUGUUCCUCCUCUUGACCCAGUAAAGCAUAUGAUGAUGAUGUCAGAUAGGAAAAAAGCACAGAGUACAACACCUGUUGAAGAAAAAUUAGAGACAACAUCCUUUUCGCCAUCUACAUCUGAUCCUCCAGAGGAAAUUUCCACAAAAAGAGAAACUGAACUCAAUAUAGAAUUGGCAGAUGUUACUAAAGAAGAAACAGAACUGCAUGAACUUAACAAAGAGCAAAAUUCCCCUACAUCUGCAAGUACUUCCAAUAUCCCUAUCUUGAUCUUGAAAUCUGAAGACAUAUCAAGCGAUCAGGAAAUGAGAACAGUUACGGAAGUCGAUAUUAGCAGUACACCAGGAAUAAAGGAAUCUUCACCAACUGCUGGAAGUUCGAGUGAAUUAUCAUCGUCAGAAACCUCUGCUGAAACAAAUGAAAAGCUAGCCACCAAGGAAGACCAUUCCGUUAAUCUGAAGUCUGAGAUUCCUUCAGAGAUUUCUCCAACUUCUGAAGUGAUAGAAACUACAAAACUAAUUGAAGAAACUGCAGAAACUUCUUCUAGUAUUCCUUCCACAGAAACUGUUACUGUAAGCAAAGACUCCAAAGAUGAAGAGAGUAUGAUACGUAGCGGUGAAGCUGAAUUGAAAUCUGAUCCUAUAGCUGAUUCUUCGGAAGCAUCAGCACUUGAUGAAGCAUCUGAACUUUCUACUGAUACUUUGAAAAUUAAUGAAGAAACUUCUAAACGUUCAGAAUUAGUUUCGACUGUUGUAUCUACUGAAGUUCCAGAAACAACAUCUCAAGAAGAUAGCACAACAAAGUUAUCAUUUUCUGAAAAUGAAAAACCUAAAAAUGUAAGUUUAGAAGACGAACUGGAAUUUAGGGCAGUAAAACUUUCUUUGAAUGCUUCAAAAGUUAACUAUGUUCAUAAAGAUCCUGAGUUACCAAGUAAGUCUGAUAUUGAAACUGAUGACUUUGCAGAGACUUUAAAAUCUGAGGAAGAACCAGAAUCAACUACUUCAAAUAUUCUUACAACUAUCAGAGAACUUCUGUUUUCCACUGAAGCAUCAGUAGAUAAAAGUUCAGAAGAAAUAACAGAAUCCAAACAGACUACUUUCUCUUCUGAAGAGCCAGAUAUUCAGAAAGUAAAAUCUCCUGAGCCAGCGUUUGCUAUAGAUACAAGCGAUAUAGCUGAUAUGCAACCUGAAACGGCUGCUGUGUUAGAAAAAGAAUCAGCUGAUGUGCUCGAAGUAAAUUCUUCGGAAAUUGGACUUGACAGUGCGCCUGCUAAAGAAAUUGAAUUACAAAGUUCCACAACUAUCAAGCCUAUUUCCGCUGGAUCUGUAACGGAAAAAGAAUCCUUAGAAUUAUUAAACUCUCAAGCUAACAAAAAUGCCGAUAAAGUCGCUGAAACUCUCUCUACUAGAGUGCCUACCACUACAAUAAUUCCAACUGACAAUCCGACAAGUUCAGAAGAAAUCCAAGAGUCUGAAGUAUCUGAAUCAGUUGCGGAAACUACUACAACAGAAACUGUUCAUGUCGUAACGACUGAAGAAUUUCAAGCAGAAACUUUGCCAACAGAAGUGCCUAAAUCUCAAUCGAUUGAAGCACUUGAGAACACUCCAGAAAUUGUAAGUGAUCCAAAGUUGGAGGGAAAACCAUCUGAAUAUGGUACGAAGACACAAGACAGGUACGUGAGUGGCAACAAUACAGACUCUGUAGCAGCUGUUCAGUUCCUUCACUUCCAUGAUAAAGCCAGUUCAGAGCAAUGCUUCAAAUUAGUAGACGCUCAUUGGAACUAUGCAACAAAUCUUACGGAUGAGAACAAAAAGAGACAGUUGGCGCAAACUUUAGAAUAUUCUUUGUUCCACAAAGAGGCAUGGAAAAACGCAACAUCAUUUGCCUGGAAAUCAUUCAAUGAUACCCUUUUGAGAAGAUGGUUCAAGAGCCUAUCUGUGCUCGGCACAGCUGCGCUACCGGAAGACAAAUUAAAUGAGUUUAAUAGAUUGAAAGCGGAAAUGAAGAAUACUUACAGCACAGCCAAAGUAUGUCCAUACACUUUACCUGCACUGAAAAAAGGGCAAAAGCCAAAGGACGCUGAAUGCAACCUCACUUUGGAACCUGACCUCACGCGAAUUCUUACGAAAUCUCGAGACUAUGAUGAACUAACUCAUGUCUGGAAAGCCUGGAGAGAUGCAGCUGGAAAACCUAUUCGAGAAAAGUUCCUCAGAUUCGUCAACCUCAGCAAUGAAGCAGCAAGAUUAAAUGGAUUUUCGGAUACUGGAGACAUGUGGCGGGAAGCUUACGAAAGUGAGACUUUUGAAGAGGAUUUGGAAAGUCUGUGGAAUCAACUUAAACCUCUUUAUGAGCAUCUCCACGCAUACGUCAGGAGAAAGCUCAUUCAAGAGUACGGCAAAAAUAAAAUUAAAGAAGAUGGACCCAUCCCAGCUCACCUUUUUGGUAACAUGUGGGCCCAAUCGUGGGUGUCUCUGUUGGACAUCACUCAGCCUUACCCGGGAAAACCAUCCGUCGACGUUACGCCCAUCAUGGAAGCAAAGAAUAUGACCGCACUAGAAAUGUUCAAGAUAUCAGAGGAAUUCUUCACCUCAUUAGGCCUAAAACCAAUGCCAGAAGAGUUUUGGAAACAUUCACUCAUAGAAAAACCGAAGGAUCGCGAAAUUAUUUGCCAUGCCUCUGCUUGGGAUUUCUGCAAUGGUAAAGAUUACAGAAUUAAGCAGUGCACAGAUAUCACUAUGGAAGAUCUGAUAACAGUUCAUCAUGAAAUGGGUCACAUUCAAUAUUUCCUUCAGUACGCCAGGCAACCCAAUGUUUUCAGAGAAGGAGCUAAUCCUGGUUUCCAUGAAGCUAUCGGAGAUGUUUUAGCUUUAUCUGUCUCAACGCCAAAACACUUGAAGUCGAUUGGAUUACUGAAAGAAGUUGCUGAUGAUCCAGAGGGUGAUCUGAACUUUUUGUUGCGUACUGCUUUGGAUAAAGUUUCGUUUUUGCCUUCUGGAUACCUCAUUGACCUCUGGAGAUGGGGUCUAUUCAGUGGAGAUAUCAAAACAGAAGAGAUGAACACAAAAUGGUGGGAUCUCAGAUUAAAAUACCAAGGUAUCUGCCCACCAGUGAAACGAACAGAUACCGAUUUUGAUCCGGGUGCAAAAUAUCACGUGCCUGGAAAUGUUCCUUACAUUAGAUAUUUCGUAAGCUUUGUGAUACAAUUCCAAUUCCAUAAAGUUCUUUGUGAUGCAGCAGGUCAUACGGGUCCUCUGUACAAAUGUGAUAUUUAUCAAUCAAAAGAAGCAGGCCAAAUACUCAGCCAAGUAAUGGAGCUCGGAAGCUCCGAGCAUUGGUCCGAAGCUAUGAAGAUCAUGACAGGAGGCGCUACAAACAAGAUGGAUGCUGGACCUAUCUUGGAAUAUUUUGAACCUCUGCUCAAGUUCUUAGAAGAACAAAACAAGAACGAAACUCUUGGAUGGAAGUCCGAAGAUUCUACGAUAUGUCCAUAGAGCUUUCGAACAAUACUCAUAAUUUCUUCUGGCUGGCCACACAGUGUUUCCCAAAUUGCAAAUCUUUGGAUAUAUAUUAUACAGCACAUAAAAACAAAGUACUUUUAGAAGGAAUUUUUAUGUAAGACAUCAGUCGUUUCUUUGGACUCGACAAGGAUUUUGAAAUGGUAAAAUAUCUGUAUAUCUUCCCAGGUGCUAAUUAUUGCUUAUUUUAUGCUUAACUACGCUUGAUCAGCUUGAAAAUUUCAGUUAAUUGUUGAGCCUACUUUUAAUCUGUGCCAAUUUUUUAGAACUUCAAGAAAGAAAUACAUUUUGAAUUAUGUAAUCUUAAUGUAUAUAUCGUACUUCCACUGAAAAACUUUGUUUUUAUUUCCAGUUAAGAAUAGCAUUUUAAUGUAAUUGAAGAUUUUAUUACGCAGAAAAUUUUUAUUUUAAUGUUAACUGUUUAAUGACUUUCACGAAAUAAUGAUUUCAGAUUCUACAUUUUGCGAGAGUUACAUUAUUUUAGAACAGAGAAAGUUUAAGAGUACAUAUCAUGAAAACAAUUUAGAAAUGAAUUCUGAAUUUUGUAUUUAGAAUGAAUUCUGAAUUUUGUAUUAUCAUUAUAAGACAGAAACUGCCCAUAAAAUUUAAAAGUAUACUGAGAAUUUUCUGGAAUACUUUUACUACAGUUUGGGAGAGAAUUUUGUAAAUUUUAGAUAGCGAUGAAUAAUUUUCAAUCCUUUAAACGAUUUUUUAGAUCUCUUGUAAAGGAAAGGGAAUGGCAUUUUUAGAACAAUUUUUACUAUUUCGCAUAUUUUUUAACCCUGAUCUCAUAAUUUAUAAAUCGCUUUGAAGCUUACCUUUUUAAGAAAUUUGACCGAUAUAAGUAAACGCACUAAAUAUAUACAUUUCUGCUCUUAGUAUAGAGUAAAUAAAAUAAAAAGUGCAAAAAUUUAAAUUAAAAUUUCCUCAGAAGAGUGUAAUAAAAUUGGAACAAAAUUACUUUAUAGAAUGUAUUUUUAAGCAAAAAGAAAUAACGUUUUUGUAAUUAUAAAAGCUUUUUCAAUGUUUGAGAGGUCUAAGUAACCUACUCAAUUUUAAUUUCUAAUUAUUUUAGCAAAGCUAGCAGUCAUUCCUCCGAUCAAAAAGUAAAUUAUGCCGGCUUGAAUUAAAUAAUAAAUUAAAUUUUAACUGUUAGAAAAUAGAUACAAUAUUUAAAGACCCCCUAGGAUGUUCUUUGUUUUAAAAUUGAAUUUUUGAGGAACGCAUCUGACUGAUGAUCAAUAGCUAAAGCAGGCCAAAAAAAUGGGGCAUAAUAAAAGUUGGUACAAAAUUGCGAUGGUUUCGCAAGCUGUAAUUAGAAAAAGCAUUGAUAUUUUUAAAUUUUUCAUUAAACUUACAAUUAAAAAUGUAUGGAUUUUUGUAUUUUUGUAAGUUUGAAGUGUUUUAUACGUUGACUUAUAAACAAUUUAAUUUAAAUUGAAUCAACAUAAUUUCAGUAACUUAAUUUCAGAGAUAUCAUAUGUAACGUUAAAAUAAAUACCAAUAAUCUUUCAUUUUCAGUAUUCUGUUUCUCGUUCUGCAAUCUGUAAGCCCGUUCUGCAGUCCAACAUACUAUAAUAUAUUUAUUUUAUUUUGAACUUAAAUAACAGUUUAGUUUUUACACUAAGAUCAUCCAAAAUUUUUGUACUAUGUUAAGUUACAUCUUUAUUCGUUUUUCUUAAUUAACAUAAAAUUGCAUAAAUUACUAGAAAAAAAUUAUUUAUACUUGUCAUAAAAUGUUCAAGACCUUCAGAGGCUGCAUUUCUUGAAUUCCUGUAUAAGAUCUCAUAAAACAAUUAUUUCAUUUUAAAUUACUUUUGUUUUUUUCUACCUGAUGUGAGCAUUUUUAUGUUUUCGUCUCAUGAUUCACUUUUGUUUCUGUAUGUAUGUUUUUCCAGUGCAGUUUUAUUAUAAAGAUUUGAUAUAAAUGAAAUAUUUUAUAGAUAUAAUAUUUUUGAGAUACAUCAUAUUUAACAAAUCAUAUUUUAUUUAUUGUCUUAACCAAAAUUUUCAGAAUACUAAUUUUGAAAAUUCCUUAAUCUUUAUAUCAUUAAAUACAAACAGUUAAAUAGAUGAAAUUAAAUUCCUAUGUUCGUGUAACCGUUAAUCGAAAAGAAACUUUUGUAAGAUGUUCAAUUCAGUAAAACAACAUGUGCAAACAAAUAUUAUCAGUAUUUUCUCUCAAUGCGCAACAAUAUGCUGCUCCUUUCUGUACACGAAUGAGUAGGUUUUGUAAUUUUUCUACAAUGAAUUUCUUUCCUCAAAAACUUUUUGAUGUCAAAGUUGCUGUUUUUUAAAGAUGUCAUGGUAUAUGGUGAUUCAUUCAAAUGAGAAUGAAUUUACAGUUGCGAGUAGAUAUUUAUCUACUGCUACGUUAUUCCUUUUUGAAAUGCUGCAUUUGUGUACUUUGGGGUAAUUUUUUAUUUAUUACUGUAUUUAUCCCAUAAGUGUAUUGUAAAACUUGUUGCUACUGACUUUGUAUGUUCAUUGUUUUAAAAAAAAUAAAUUUAAAACAACUGUA